CGUUCGGGAUUUUUUUUUCUUUUAUUUGUUUUUUUUUGUCUGCUUGGCGUUGCAAUUUUAACUUUUUCGUUUUGUUUAGGGAUGUCUGGUUGUGAGUUUUUCUUUCCACUGUGUAAAUAUUUUUUCUUUGUUUGUUUUGGAGUAAUGGGGUGUGGCUGUGUUCAGCUUUGAAUUCAAUUCAAAAAUGUGAUUCUCUACGUGGAGUGGCUGUGACGUAAUUCCAGAUCUUCAUUGUGCUUUCUCUGAACAAUUCAUGGGUUUUUCAGCUUUCAAUUAUCCAUAAUUCAGCAAAAUAUUUGGUCUUAUCUUUGAAGGGUUGUUGAUUUUCUAUAUCCCAUUUCCAUUGGCAUUUUUAGCUCCGAAGAUCAUUGUUUGAGCUGGAAAUCUUUUUAUUCAGGUAAAUUGAGAGCCAUGAGUGGCAUGACAAGUAGGGGUGAUUCUCGAAAAUGUUUGAGGGGUCGCCGAUCAUCAUCAAUGGGUGAUGAAGCUGGUGGUGAAGGUAGCUCGGGAGGAGAAGGUCCUCUAAAGAAAGGUCCAUGGACAGCAGCAGAGGAUGCAAUUUUGGUAGAAUAUGUCAAAAAGUACGGUGAGGGCAAUUGGAAUGCAGUCCUGACAAAGUCAGGACUUGCCCGUUGUGGGAAAAGCUGCCGUCUACGAUGGGCAAAUCAUUUAAGACCAGAUCUAAAAAAGGGUGCAUUUACAUCUGAGGAAGAGAGAAAAAUCAUUGAGCUCCAUGCUAAGAUGGGAAACAAAUGGGCUCGAAUGGCUGCAGAGUUGCCUGGACGUACAGAUAAUGAAAUCAAGAAUUAUUGGAAUACAAGAGUUAAAAGAAUGCAAAGGGCUGGCUUACCAAUCUACCCUGAUGAAUUAUGCCAACAGUUGCUUAAUGGCAAUGAAGAAAGUCAAAAUGUUGGCAACUUGACAAAUGAUGCAACCCAACACAAUGAUUUUUCGCAAAUUGACAAUUUUGAUAUACCUGAUGUGGAUUUCAAAACUUUCAAUUUCUGCCCGGGUCUAUCAAAUGGGCCAUCAAUUUUUGAUAUGCUUGACAGCAGCUUGUUUGAACAAAGUUCAGGCUCACCUCAUAAUUAUAACAUGUUCCCGCCAAUGCAUUCCUCAAAGCGCCUUCGAGAGUCAGAUAUGCUAUACACUAGUUCUGGAAGUUGUAUAGGUAAUACUGUCCCGGUAUUCAAUCAGUAUGGCAAUUACCCUUGUGAGAACAUUCCUGACCAUCCUACAUUGUCUUCUCCAUAUGAUCCUCUUCUUGACACUAGUGAUCAGUUUUAUGAUGGUAACCUUACUGGCAGCCAUGCCUCAUUAAAUGGCAACAUUACCUCUUCUUCUGCGCCCAUAUAUGGGGCAAUGAAGUUGGAGCUCCCUUCACUCCAAUAUGCAGAAACUCAACAUGGUAGCUGGGGCAGGCCUACAUCCUCACUUCCUUCACUUGAGUCUGUUGAUACAUUGAUUCAGUCAACUCCGAUUGAGCCUAUUCAAUCAGAAGCUGUUUAUCCACAGAGCAGUGGCUUGCUAGAAGCAAUAGUCUACAAUUCAAAGAGUUCAAAAGGCUCAAACAAUGAUUCUUUGCAAGAGACAACCAAUAUGCCCAACGAAGCAGUCAAGACAGAAUGGGAUGAACAAGGGGAGCCAUAUUCCCUUGCUCAAUCUGCUGCUUUAGUUAUGACAGACUAUACUCCUAUGAGCAUGUGCUCCGUGGAUGGGGCACUAGCUGAAAUCACUCAGGAUCAUGAUAUCAAGCAUGAAACAGUUUCACAGCUCCCUGAUUACAAUUCCAGGAAAGAAGAAAUUUUGAAUCAGAUAGAUUUUACACAGUCAGAUGCUUUAUUUGACCUAGGUUGGUUUGGGGAUAACAUUGAGCAUGGCAAUGAUCAAUCUGUUAUAAAAGGUGCUUUUCUAAAUGCACUUCUUGGUGAUGAUUUUCAGGGUAAGCAAUAACAAGUGGGUGGAUAUUGCUUUGGCCUUGAUGUAAUGCUUGUUCAUGAUAUAACUGCAUUUUUUUAGAUCAACUUUCUUAACUCUAUUAGGUCAAGUUUUCUUAAUUCCCAGUAACCUUUAGAACCCUCAGUUAGGAUGAUCAGAGAUUUUAUGGCAGAUAUUUCAUUUCUUUAUGGCAGAUAUUUCAAUUUUUUAUGGCGGAUAUUUCAAUUUUAUUUUGUCAUGGUGCUCGUACUGGAAGAUUGAUAUUUGAAAUUGUUAUGAGCGCACAACUGAAAGGAGCAUGCUUCUUAUUCAAUUGCAGUAACCUUAUGCAUGAUAUUUGAUCAUUU